AUGACCCAACCACGAAACGGUGCCGGGCUUGGGCGUCUCCCGUUAUUUUGCGCCCAUAAAGUGGAUGAUGGAAGAAACACAAAAAUUAACGCGCUAGGGCCGCUGCCUGGGGGUCGCCGGGGCGCGUCUGGAGCUGGCGCUGGACGCGGCAGCAUGCGGGCCGCCAGCCGAGCGCGAGGAGCUGCACGAUCACCUAGCAGCCCCUCGCAUCCAUCAUCCCCACCAGAAGGCUUGGUGUCGGCUGGGUCUUCUCGGACCCAGCAAGCGGCACCCGCCGCUGGUGGAGCACGUCGCAUGCGUUGGACAAAAUCCAUGAACGAAAACGCAUUGCGGGCGUACUAUAGGGCGAAAGGGGAAGAAACUGUGGGAAUAGCGUAUAGGUCUCGGAUGCAUUGCUUUUUUGCUGAGCUGGAGCCGUCUAUCCCCGUCACGGAACAAAACCUGGCAGACCGAGUUCGGUACAUCAUGCGCUCGAAAAUAUUUGAUGAUGCCGAACUCGAACGACUACGACGUGAGGCUAUUCCGUCGUCGAAUGAAUCGGCUAUGGCUGGAGAUGCAGCUCCACAUUCGACAGACCAGCAUCCACACGUGGAAGCCGCCAUGGAUCUUCCAGUUGUGGUUGAUUCGAACGACGAUGAAAUAGUCUCCCACGAACAAGAGCAAAUGAGGAGUAUAUUGGAAGAGGCGAUUUUGGAAACGCGCAGCACCCCUCUCGAAAAUCGACCGCGACUUCCCCGCAUACCCUUAAGCAAGCGAAAUCGGGCUGUCGUGAGGGCUCUUAACCCAAUGCUGGUGACCUAUUUGGAAGCCAGCCGGGACCUUUGCGAGACGGACUCGAUUCUCUUUGGCGCCGCAGUGGCAGUUUGCCGUAUUAUUGGCGCCAAACUUCCCAUGGCUGGACGCGCUACUACACAAAGUAACGCCAUCCCAGCCUGGAGGAAAAGAAUCGAGGACCGUAUCGCAAAGGCAAGGGCCCUUAUCGGCAGACUGACAAGCUUCAGGUCGGGUAAUAAUAGACCGAGGAUUAUGCGCACCGUUAGGAUGGCGUUUGCUGGGACAAAUAUCAGUUUGUCCCAGCCGGAUAUCACGCAGAAACUAACGGAGCGCAUAGACGACCUGAAGCAAAAGAUCGCUGCUUGGGGGAAGCGGAUUCGACGAUUUUCCGAGGGGUCAAGGCGGUUCAACCAGAAUCGUCUCUUCCAGAGUGAUCAGAAGAGGCUCUAUAAAUUAUUGGAGCGACCAAAGGUAUGUGUAGCGGGCCAAGGACCGGAUCAGGCUGACAUUAUCGCAUUCUGGCGUGGCCUGUGGUCAGAGCCCGUAAACCACAGUGAGGGCCCUUGGAUGGAAGUUGUGGCGAGCCAGGGUGCGAGUGUUACGCCUAUGGACCCCAUCACCAUAACGCCAGAAGACGUGGCUGAGGCGGUCCGUAGGGCCCCGAACUGGAAAAGUCCGGGGCUCGACGGGCUGCAUCAUUACUGGCUGAAGGGGUUCGUAGUGUGUCACGCUGUGCUCGCCCGACAGUUUCAAGAGGCUCUCGACCAGAAGUCACUCCCGAGCCUCUUCACUACUGGGAUCACUCACUUGGUUCCUAAAGAUCAGGAUACCACAGACCCGAGCAAAUACCGCCCCAUCACGUGGCCGCUGCCUGGAGGUCGCCAGGGCGCGUCUGAAGCUGGCGCUGGACGCGGCAGCAUGCGAACCGCCAGCCGAGCGCGAGGUGCUGCACGACCACCCAGCAGCUCCUCGCAUCCAUCAUCCCCACCAGCUGGCUUGGUGUCGGCAGGGUCUUCGCGGGCUCAGCAAUCGGCACCCGCCACUGGUGGAGUACGCCGCAUGCGUUGGACAACCCAAAUGAACAGCAACGCAUUGCGGGCGUAUUUUAGGGCGAAAGGGGGAGAAACUGGAGGUUUUGCGUAUCGGGCAAGGAUGCAUCGACUUUUUGCUGAGCUGGAGCCAUCUGUAACCGUCACCGAGCAAAACCUGGCAGACCGAGUUCGGUAUAUCUUGCGCUCAAAUACAUUUGAUGUCACCGAACUCGAACGGCUACGACGUGAGGCUGUUCCUUCAUCGGGUGAAAAUGCUGCGGCUGAGGAUGCGGCGCCACAACUUGCUGAGCAAACGGCAAAUGUGGAUGCCGCCGUGAAUACGCCAGUUGUGGUUGAUUCAAACGAUGAUGGAACAGUCGCCCAGGAACUGGAACUAGAGCAAAUGAGGAGUACAUUGGAAGAGGCGAUUGUGGAAACGCGCAGUACGACUCUCGAAAAUCGACCGCGACUUCCCCGCUUAGCCCUAAGCAAGCGGAAUCGGGCUGUCGUGAGGGCUCUGAACCCAAUGCUGGUUACCUAUUUGGAAGCCAGCCGGGACCUUUGCGAUACGGACUCAAUCCUUUUUGGCGCCGCACUGGCAGUCUGCCGUAUUAUAGGUGCCAAACUUUCCACGGCUGGACGCGCUACUGGACAAAGUAGUGCUAUCCCAGCCUGGAGAAUAAGAAUUGAAGAACGUAUCGCAAAGGCUAGGGCCCUCAUCGGCAGACUGAUAUGCUUCAGGUCAGGCAAUACCAGGCCAAGGAUUGUGCGCACCGUCAGGAUGGCGUUUGCUGGGACAAAUGUUAGUUUGUCCCAGCCGGAUAUAAUGCAAAAACUGACGGAACGCAUAGACGACCUGAAGCAAAGAAUAGCUGCUUGGGGAAAGCGGAUUCGGCGAUAUACCGAGAGGUCGACACGGUUCAACCAGAAUCGUCUCUUCCAGAGUGAUCAGAAGAGGCUCUAUAAAUCAUUGGAGCGACCAAUAGUAAGUGGAACGGGCCCUGCACCAAAUCAGGCCGACAUGGUCGCAUUCUGGCGCAGCCUGUGGUCAGAGCCCGUAAACCACAACGAGGGCCCUUGGACGGAAGUUGUGGCGAGUCAGUGUGCGAGUAUUACGCCCAUGGACCCCGUCAUCAUAACGCCGGAUGACGUAGCUGAGGCGGUCCGUAGGGCCCCGAACUGGAAAAGUCCGGGGCUUGACGGGCUGCAUCACUACUGGCUGAAGGGGUUCAUGGUGUGUCACUCUGUGCUCGCCCGACAGUUUCAAGAGGCUCUCAACCAGAAGUCGCUCCCAAGCCUCUUCACUACUGGGAUCACUCAUUUGGUUCCUAAAGAUCAGGUAAACAAAGAUAAGCGUGUAGUGGCAUGCGUGGCCAUGAAACCGACAUGUAAUAUAGAAACCGCUGCGGAGAGUUUUGAUAAAGAACAACUAUCGACAGAUAAUACAGAAAAUAAGAUGGAAACUAGCAAAAAGAAAGGAUCAUGGAUAACUGUACAGAAAAAAGAAAUAUCCUGA